GACGAGUGUGCGUGCACUGCGAAAGCAGAUUUUGUCGGGAUUUGCAGAAAGCUCACCUAUACCGUUAGUUUCGGGCUGUGCAUUUUCCUUAACUUAUAUCCUGGUUGAGUUCUAAUUAAGGAGAAUCUGAAAGACUCGAUGGAACAUUUCUUUCCCUCGGACGCCAGCGGAAUUUUGCUGCUCUCUCUCCUCGUCGUUUUUCAGGUUCCAGCAUCAGCCGGCCCAGGAGGGAGAUUGACCGUUCUUCUGAAGACUUUCUCGAAUCCAUCAAGUAAAGACUUAAAUGGAGAUUGUUGUGAAUCGUCGUGUAGAGGCUGUGAUUAUUUUCUGCAAAUCUGUUUGAAACAAACUUCCGGGGCAUCCUGUGUAGCGUCUGCCACGACAAACAUCUAUUAUAACACCAAGUAUGUCGUCUUCAAAAACGGCGAGGGUUUCUCUAGUGGCGGAAAAAACCCUUUGAUAUGGCACUUCUCUUCGUGGACGGGAUCAUUUGUGGCGAGCAUCAAAGCUUUGGACUAUGAUCCACUUUCUUCUGAUGAUGUCAUUGACAGGUACCAACAGAAAGUCAACGUUAACCCAACGUCAUGGGUGUCUCCCACCAAAUGGCGACAGAUUACUCUUGGAGGUAGCCCCUCAACUACUAUAUUACAAUACUCCGUUCAAUGUAAUCAAGAUUAUUAUGGACCCAGUUGCACCACGUACUGUGUUGCACGCAGUGACGACUUAGCUGGUCAUUACACGUGUGAUAAAACCACCGGUCACAAGGUUUGUCGAGCUGGAUGGCACGGUGUCAGCUGUAAGAUCUAUUGUAUGCCUCGUGAUGAUGACACGCACGGACAUUACAACUGUGAGUCUGGUACAGGAAGAAAGAUUUGUUUAAAAUACUGGUAUGGAUCUAGCUGUAACGUGCACUGUGCCCCUAGGAAUGACUCCCUGGCUGGUUACAACUGCAAUUCCCAGGGGCAAAGAGUUUGUUUGCAAAACUGGUAUGGGAAAAACAAGUGCGACGUUUAUUGUAAACAGACCAAUGAUUCCAAAGCUGGUUACAUCUGCGACACAAAUGGAAACAAAAUAUGUUUACAAGGCUGGUAUGGACCAUCUUGUGAUUGUACGCCAAGGAAUGAUUCGUCCAUGGGUUACAUGUGUAAUAUUACCACUGGCAAAAGAGAGUGUCUGAAGGGGUGGUUCGGUGAUCGCUGCGAUAUUUUCUGUUCACCGAGGAACGACCCUGCAGGUCAUUACACUUGCCACAGUGGUACUGGAGCUAAGGAGUGUUUGCCCAAUUGGUUCGGGAAAAACUGUACCGUGUACUGCAAGACCAGGAAUGACUCUCUAGGUCAACACGAGUGCACAAUAAAUGGAACCAAAUUAUGCGCCCGCAACUGGUAUGGACCGAAUUGCACUGUUUAUUGCACCUCAAGAGAUGAUAAUGCAGGACAUUACAGUUGCCAUCCACAGACGGGGGAGAUGGUUUGUAACCCAAACUGGUACGAGAAGAGCUGCACAGCAUACUGUGUGCCUCAGGACAGCGAUUGGUACGGUCAUUACAACUGUAACAAGAUCGAUGGCAGCAAACAGUGUCAUAACAAUUGGUUUGGAAUCCAGUGCUCUAUCUUCUGUGUACCACGCGAUGAUUCACGCGGGCACUACGAGUGCGAUAAAAUCAACGGCAGUAAGAUUUGUAUGGAGGACUGGUUCGGAACUGAGUGCAGAACGUAUUGCAAAGCAAUGAACAACUCACAAGGACACUACCACUGUGAUGUCGAUGAUGGGACCAAGAUAUGUAACAAGGACUGGUUUGGACCAAACUGUACAGCGCACUGUUCAUCGAGAAAUGAUUCGCAGAGGCAUUAUGAAUGUGAUUCUGGCAAUGGAAACAAGAUAUGUCACAGGAGUUGGUUUGGCCCUAAUUGUUUAACGUAUUGUAUGCCAAACAAUGACUCUAAGGGGCACUAUGAUUGUGGGUCAGCGGAUGGUGCUAAGAUUUGUCAUCCAGCUUGGUAUGGCCGUAACUGCUCCGUGAACUGCAUCCCAAUGGAUGGUUUAGCCGGGCACUAUAGUUGUGAUGCCGCAGAUGGAAGCAGGCUGUGUUACAGGCAUUGGUACGGACCUAACUGCACGGUAUUUUGUAGAUCACAAAAUAGCAGUCGAGGGCACUACACCUGUGAUAAAGAAACGGGCCAACAAUUGUGCCUCGAAGGCUGGUAUGGAGCCUUGUGCCUUCAGAAAGUUACUACAACUUACGCACAUGAAAGGAUACCUUCGUCAUCGCCGCUUCCAUCAACCGAGUCGAAAACCAUGGAGCCAUCUCCGGUCUCUUCAACAGAACUGAGAUCUACAGAAUACAGCAUCCUUCCUCCGUUACCAAGUGAGGAGCAAGUUCCAGUGCAGAAAGAAAGCAGAAAGACAGCUAAGGGAGGAUGGAUGACAAACACGCGUAUUGGUUUGAUCACUGGUGGCUUUGCGCUUCUGUUGUGCCUUUGUGCUAUAGUAAUGAUGUAUUUGUUAAGUUGUAGACCCAGAAUGAAGAGGAUUCGCUACUCUAGACAACGUGAUAAAAAAGAAGGGCGUUCCUUGAAGAGGAGGAAUUCAUGCGGCAUAGUAAACACAGCAGCGGACAUCCUUUCACAAUAUGAAAUGAACGACAUGUUCUGUAAAGUUCAGCAAGUGUCAUGGACUGAAGACGGUUCAAGGCAGGUGGAUGAUCACUUGGUAAUGUACAACAACCCUUUGUCUAGCGCCCGAAAACAAGUCAAACGCGGUACUGGUAAGAGACAACUGACCUUGGACAGUGAUUGGAACGUGGUAUUUGACUUAUGAGCUAACACGUGCGUCCACGUGUCCUAUGACAUAAGUCCAAAGCGUAGAACAUUAACACGACAAUAAUUGUCCAAUAAAAGGCGUACUCAGUAGGCUCUGAUUUUACUUCGUUCACUGUAUUAUUACUUGUAAUGGAGUAGAAAGCGAAGAACCCUUCCAUCGAAUCGUGUUAAUAUGGUCACGUUUUAAGAACUGUUCAGCAGGUUAGAUCUAGACUAUGAACUGUCCUUCUGUUCAUUUAAUUCCUAUGGUGGACGUCAUCAUGGAGCUACUGCGAGAGCAAAAUACAUCGAACAGUACUGCGUUUUGUGGGGAUAGAAAGGUAGAUAUAACUGCAACAAAGUCAGUACAAAAUAUUGGUAAACUAUGGAUUGGUAGCGGUCUAACUCUCUCAAAUCUUAGUCAGCUCUUCGAGCGGGCAAGGUUAACCGCAUUCUUCGCUGUGAUUGGCUAUCCGAGAGGGUAACAUGGGUACGGGAUAUGUCUUGUCCGCUGGGGAUUGCUGGUGUUUCCGGCAACAAAAUCGUGCCCUGUAUGCAAUAAAAUGAAUCCCUUAUUGACCAAUCUUUUUCGCUCAAGAUGGUUGGGUAUUCACCUCGAUCUUUUGUUAAAUUGUUUAUGGACUCAAAAGAGAUCUGCGACAAUUAUUUCAAGCCGUCUUCACCUCACGCUUGGCCAAUGCUCCCUAAAUCUAUAUUACGUUUUUGAAUGUAUUCCGGCUCACAAGUUAUUUCGUCUGGUUAACGAAAAUGACGAGUAAAUUAAUUUAGGAAUACAUUAAGAAACAAAGUGAUUAAUGUAGUCGUUCAAUAUAAAGGACUCAAGAGGCUAUGAUCUAGAUCAUAGUAGUCUCUUGAGUCCUAAUAUUUUCCUUGGAUAAAAGGUGCGUAUGUAGUGUUGGUGUAAAUUUUUAAGCUGUUCUUAAAGGGAUAGUGUGUCUGUAUUCAUUUUGGGACAGACUAUGUUAUUUGUACGCUACUGAGAGCGGCAAGUUAAUAAGAAUUAAGGAUGAUGCAACUGAAACAAAAAAAAGAAAACAAAUUACACCGUAAAUGUCUUUCAUGGCCACCGAGAGGCUUGUUCACCGGUACUGAACUAUGUAAAAUACAGGUAACGAUAAAUGAAAGAAAAAUGACAAAGAGAAAUUGGCUUCAAAGAUUCAUCGAAAUGUUCAAUGUCCAAUUGUUUAAGAAAGUAAUUUAAUGCCCGAUUCGAGAGAAUUUGUAAAACAUAUUGUAAAAGGGACUUGGCUUUAAGCAAUUUUUGAGAUUUUCAACAUGUACCUACAAUCAGCGACAAAAGUGUUGAGACAUUUUGCAGUAAAAUUCGAUUUUCGAGCGUUCUGAAAAUAUCCCCCCACCCCCCUAAACAAUAUUGGUUUUAUUAUUUCUAAGACUGCACAGACCACAGCGCCUACAAAACAUUGAAUUUGGUUACAGGGGGUAUCAGAGAAUUAACGCUAGAUGUAAAUAAAAUAUAAGAAGAGGUUAAUUAUGGGAAGCGUCAUCUUCUAAAAGUGUCUCAACUCUUCUUGUCGCUUAUUGUAGUUUAAGUUAAAAGUAAGUGUAAAAGUAUUAUUGUGAAUCCAUAGCCUAC